CACCAACACCGGAACAGGAGUGUAAACAGAUGCAUUUAUUGUGUUUUUAUGACAAUAUCCCAACAAGUUUGAAAUGAGACAGCACAGCGCAGCCCUAGCUCGGAUGCUACGGCUUGUCUGUGAUGUUUUCAGUCGCCGGAACACGCAUGCGUGAAGACAGGCAUCCAUAUGCCAAUAUGGAAAGAAGAAAAUAACACCUAAAAGAAGAAAGAGAAGACGUUGCAUUGCUGAGGACUCUUCAGUCUGUAACUCCGGCUGAGGAUCAGCACAUCCGGAGAGAGUCUCAGAGAGAGUCAGAGGGGGUGAGAGUGUGGAGGGAGGGGGUUCUGCUCAGGAUGGCAUUCCUCGACAACCCCAGCAUCAUCCUGGCCCACAUCCGGCAAUCCCACGUAACCAGUGAUGACACGGGGAUGUGCGAGAUGGUCCUCAUCGACCAUGAUGUGGAUCUGGAGAAGUGCCACUCGUCUGCGGCGUCCGUUGGUGGCGGGUCGUCUGGAGGUUCAUUUGGCGACGGCAGCAGUGGAGGAGACGGGCAGACCAGUGACCUCUCUCAGUCUGUUGACAUCACCUCCAGCUGGGACUUUGGCAUUCGACGGCGCUCCAACACAGCUCAAAGACUGGAGCGUCUGCGGAAAGAGCGACAGAACCAGAUCAAGUGUAAAAACAUCCAAUGGAAAGAGAGAAGCUCGUCUCAGUCAGCAGACGAUUUGGGUUCGCUUUUUGAAAAGAAGGAUUUUAAGGACCGGCCCCGGAGCACAGGCAGUAAAUCGACGCUCUCGCUGCGGUUAGAGCAGUGUCCUCAACAGCUUAACAACCCCUUCAACGAGUACUCCAAAUUUGAUGGCAAGGGCCAUGUUGGUACAACAGCAACCAAAAAAAUUGACGUCUACCUCUCAAUGCAGUCGACCCAAGAAAAGCUGCACCCCAUGACGGUGGUCACGAUGGCUAACGCUAGGGUCCACGAUCUCAUCGGACUCAUCUGCUGGCAGUACACCUGUGAGGGUCGUGAACCCAAGCUCACAGAAAAUGUCAACACUUACUGCCUGCACAUCGCUGAGGAUGACGGAGAGGUGGACACGGACUUCCCUCCUCUCGACUCAAACGAGCCCAUCCACAAGUUUGGCUUCAGCACACUGGCUCUGGUGGAGAAAUAUUCCUCUCCUGGACCGGGGCCCAAACAGUCACUCUUUGUUCGAAUAAAUGCGGCUCAUGGUUUCUCCCUGAUCCCAGUGGACAGCCUGAAAGUGACCAUGAAGGAAAUUCUACAGAAGGCUCUUAAAAAGAGGAAGGGCUCCCAGAAAGGGUCAGGUCCCACGUAUCGUCUGGAGAAGCAAACUGAACCGAACUUGGCAGUAGAUCUGGACAGCACGCUGGAGAACCAGGGAACACUGGAAUUCUGCUUGGUCAGAGAAAACAGUUCUAGAGGUGAGGAGAGCUCAGAGGAGGACCCGCCCAUAGACAUCACGACGGUACAGGACAUGUUGAGCAGCCACCACUACAAGUCCUUCAAGAUCAGCAUGAUCCACAAGCUCCGAUUCACCACUGACGUACAGCUAGGAAUUUCUGGUGAAAAGGUAGAGAUCGAUCCUGUCACCAAUCAGAAGACGAGUACAAAGUUCUGGAUUCGACAGAAGCCGAUCUCCAUUGACUCUGACCUGCUGUGUGCCUGCGACCUGGUGGAGGAGAAGAGUCCAAGUCAUGCAAUAUUUAAGCUCACAUAUCUUAGCAACCAUGACUACAAAGCCCUGUACUUUGAAUGUGACGCUGCUACUGUCAACGAGAUUGUGCUCAAGGUGAACUACAUCCUGGAGUCUCGUGCCAGCACUUCAAGGGCAGAUUACUUUGCCCAGAAACAACGCAAACUGAACCGCCGCACUAGCUUCAGUUUCCAGAAAGACAAGAAGUCGGGCCAGUAGCACACUGGUGACCAAACCAAUCAGCAGUCUCUGAACCAACCAGAGAGCGAGAUGGGCCUGCGAGAAAAGAGGCAAAGAGAUAGAGGGAAAUCUGGAGGAAAUAUAAAGGAUAGAAGGAUGGAGAGAGGUAUAGUGGAGGGAACGACUAGGUUAGUAAGACAGAAAAGAUCAAAAGUGAAAGAAUAUGGGACAGAUUGGAGGAAAAGUGAUUAAACAUUUGUCUCAUCUGAAUAGUUUUCAGCCUCUGAAGGUCGGCCUUUAACUGGACUGACGGUCCUUAAUCAUAUCAGAGCGUUUGUGCUCUUUGCUGUCACUCGAAUGUACUAGCAAGACCAACCAACUAUCUAACUGAACAAUUAUAUUAAGGUUUGAAGCCACAGCCAUCGGCCAGAACAUACAGAUGCGCUGAGUUCUGGAGCCCAAAACGGAGAACUUGACACGCUGCUGUUUGCGUCAGUUAUUUUCUUAGAUUUUUUUUCCCCACUGCCUACAAAUGAACUGUAAAUAAAUGCACACCAAACGAACGCAGAUGGACAUCGGAACUUUAAAAGCCGGACAGAGCAAGCAAACUGCAUUAGCUAUCCCAUAUAACUGCUGUAUCAAAGAUGUUAACGUAAUCCGCUUUAAACACUGACUCGCAAAGGGGUCGCAUUCAUUUUUUUUAACAAAAAUGUAAAUAGUGACCACAUUCGGGGUGGUUUGACAAACCCUCUUUGGCCAUAGUACUACAGUGCCUGCUAUAGAACAAUAGGACAAAUGUUGCAUUCGUCGAGAUUUAAAGCGUCUGCUGGUUUUGUUGGGGAAAAGCCGCCAAACUCUUGUUGCCAACAGAGUGGGCUGGUAGGUUAAAAAUAUUGUUGACCUAAAAAGACUUUUCUGUCAUGGUUUACUCACAGCUAUGUUUUUUCAAAACCUGUAUGACUUUCUUUUUUUCUAUCGAAAACAAAAGUUAUUUAUAUGUGAUAUAAUGUCCAAGCUGCUCUUUUCCAUACAAAGAAAGGAAACUGUGACCAAAGUUGUCAUUCAAGAUUUUCAGUGAAUAUGGCUUAAAUUUCUGUCUGUUCCUCACACGAAGCCAUCGUAUGGCUUCAGAAGACUUGUAAUAUAGUGUCGUACGGACUUCGUAUAUGAAGUUUUUAUGGUGCUUUUUGGAGCUUGACAGCCCCUGAUCAACAUCCAUUUUUAUUAGAUGGAAGAAAGCAGCGUAAACAUUCUUCAAAACUUCUCCCUCUGUUUUAAAGGAUUAUUUCACCCAAAAAUGAAAAUUCAGUCAUUGUUUACUCACCCCUGUGCUGUUAUAACACUAUAUGACUUACUUUCUUUUUCUCAACACGAAGGGGGAAAUUGUGAAAUAAAAUUGUGCUCAGUGAUGUCAUACAAUGGCAGUUUAUGGUGACCACCUCUUCAUGCUUCAAAAGAAUGCAAAAGUAUAAUUCAGAAGUCUAAUACAUUAUUCCAUGAGACCCUGAUUUUUAUGAAAGCAUACGAUAACGUUUAGAGAGAAACAAACCGAAAUUGAAUGUAUUAUUUAGUAAAACUGUUGACUGACCGUUGAUCUCCUGUGUGCGUUCAUGAUAGGGCUCGAGGGCAACAGUUCACGCAGCCCCCUCUCGUGACAUUGGGGCGUUUAAUGAAAACUCGAUUUCAUUUAUCUAAAUGCAGGUCCUCCACAGCGAGAGUGACAACAGAACACAACACAGCUGCACACAAAACAGAGAACAGAACUUACUAAACAUGUCUGAAGAGUUUGUAGUCGAAGGAUUGAUGCAUUUCUAUGCCCAGCCUUAUUUUUUUGAAAAUUAGGAAAAAAAUCGAUCGAUAGAAUUUAUCGUCACUCGUAACCGCUGAUUAGGACAAAAACUCUGAUUACUAUAGAAAAUAUACCUAUUAUCACAUGUUAUUUGCCGUCAGUUUAGGACACUGUGUGACUGUGGCUGCCUGUCACCUGCUCUAUGUUUCUGUUUGAUUUCCGAGUACGUUGCUAAAAACAAAUAAGGCUGGGCAUAGAAAUACAUCAGUUCUUCAUCUACAAACUCUUCAGACAUGUUUAGUAAGUUCUGUUUUCUGCUUUUGUGUACAUUUUUGAGUUAACACCCCAAUGUCGUGAGUUGGGGCUGCGUGAACUGUUGCUCCUGUGCCCUAUCAUGAGCACACAUAGGAGAUCAACGGUCAGUCAACAGUUUCACAAAAUAAUACUGUACAUUAGUACAGUGUUGAAUUAUUCUUUUGUGUCCUUUUGAAGCUUGAAGAGGUGGUCACCUUAAACUCUCAUUGUAAUUUUUUUUUCACAAUUUCUCCCUUUGUGUUAAGAAAAAGAAAGACAG